UUGACUACAGCUGUCAUCUUCAGGCAGUGUUCAACAUGAAGGCUGCUCAUCUUGUGGUGAUUAUCUCAAUCUUUGCCUCAACUAUUUCACAACGCAUAGCAAAACUUAAAUGUUUAGAUUAUUCAUUAUUAGCAAAACAAGAUCGAAACUCACCUUUGUGCCAUAUUCAAGAUGACAAGAGCUCUGGAGUUAAGAUAGAACCUAAUGAAUUUCCAGGAAGUGCUAUGUUGGGCUUCAAUACUACAGACACAGAAGUUCUCUACCUUUGUGAUGCCACCCUCAUUAGUGAAGACACCCUCAUUGCCCCUGGCCACUGUGUCAAGCAGCCUCAAUAUGGUAAGCCAACAUGGGUGAGGCUAGGUGCUACUUACUCCACCUUGGGAGUGGAGGUGGAAGUGAAGGAGUCUCUGUGUCACCCUCAAUACAACCCUGGACAUGACAUAGCACUUAUCAAGCUCAAACAGAGGCUAAACUCUUCAUACAUACCUGCUUGUCUGGACACAGAAGGUGUCGAGCCUGGUGCUAAGGGGGUGGGAGUCGGGCGACCAAUCGGGAGCGCUUAUGUUGAAUUGAGGGAGAAAUGUCCAGUGAAGAGUUGGCUGGAAGUAAAACCAGCUUCAACGUGUAAUGAAGUGUUCCCAAGCCAGAAUAUUAGCUCAGAGGCAACCUUGUGUACAAAGGACCCUGCCAAUGGACCUGGAGAUUGUCUGAGUGGUCCUCUAUACGUUUUCAAGGAGAGCUGUGUUUUAUCUGUUGCUGGAUUAGCUUCUUUUGGCAAGAUAUGUUUGGAUGAAACCAGCAACGGACGCACACCUUCAGUAUAUACGAAGGUGGCUCAUUAUGUACCAUGGAUUGAAUCUAUUGCUUGGCCAUCAGAAUAAUUAAUUGUUCUUAUCCAUUGUAAAUCUUGACUUUUUUAUGUGUUGAAAUGAUAUGCUAGAUCUAUGAGAGUUACUUUUAAUUAAACCUGUACGUUUUAA